AUGGCCAAUGAACCUCUACAGGACUGGAACGAAAUUGGAAUUUGGGAAACUCGCAACUCGUGCUGCUCAGCUUCUUUUUUUCAUGCGCCUCCUUCCUCCUGCUCGCUCGAUUCCCACGGCGGCACCCCUUGCUUCCCCGCCGCUGGGACCAAGCGCCGCCGCAGCCAUGGAGGUGCAUCGCCGCUGUGGAUCCCGGACGUCGUGGAGCCCCGCCGCUGUGGAGGACCCCACCGCUGUGGAGUCCCCGCGCUGCCGGCGUGGAGGUCCGCCGCCCCGCCAUGGAGAUCCCCCGCCCCGAUAUCGUGGAGCCCUGCGCCGGGGAGCCCCGCGCCGCCGUGGAUCCUCGCCGCUGUGGAGUCCCCGCGCCGCCAGCGUGGAGGUCCGCAGCACCGCCAUGGAGGAUCGCUGCCCGCCAUGGAGAUCCCCCGCCCCGCCGCCGUGGAUCUGCGCCGCCGUGGAGAUCCCCCGUCCCGCCGCAGGGGAGGUCGCAGGCCGCCGCCGUGGCCCCCUCCGCUGCGGUCGCAGGGGACGGUCACAGGUAGAAGAGUCCCCUGA